AUGACUGUGAACAACCAGAAUGCUGGUCCUUCCACUCGCGCAGAGUCCGUAGAAAGACGCGGGUCUACACACGGCGAGGAGGAAGAGUCAGACUUCUCAGCAGACUCGUCGUCAUACCUAUCCGGCUCGCCCGAGCCAACCCCAGCAAUCAUAGACGAACAGUUCCUUCCGCGCCUGGUGUCAGUUGCCUUUUGCAUCUUUCAUGCAUCAGAGGGUCCUAAGGUCGUCUAUCAAGUGCCCGAAGGCUCGUUGGUAGCCCAUGCUGCAGCUCCCGGACCUCCUGGCACGCGCGCCAGAAAGGUUACAGACAUUACACCCCCGCCUCUCGUGGACUGGAAUACCAUCGCAGACUUUAUCAUCCCAAAAGAGCCGCUCUGUGGUCGACUGGUCACCACAAGUGCCACCUUCAAGGUCCUCUCCCACCCCACGCUCAUAACCGACGAAGCUAAAUACUCCCGCAACACUUUCCUCUUCAACAUUGCCUUCCUCUUCGAUGGCACUGCAGAUGUUCGAGCCUACGAACCAGUGGUGCGCAAAUGCGUGCGCCAGCUCAAGACGCUCGAGCAAACAAAUUCGUUUUUGUCUUCUCCAAUGUCGCAGACGCGGAUGUAUGGCAUCAUCGAGCAGCUAUACGAAGAUCUCAACUCUUAUUGUGAGACCUUCAUAGCUCUUCCCGAUGCUCCCCACUCCCACGCAAUUAAUUUGAAGCUCUUUCCUACCUAUGCGAACCCUCCUCCCGUCUACGAGUGGCAGGUCCCUCUCGCAUUGAUAGAUCUUGCGCGCUACGCAGACGCGAACUGGGACCUCACCAUGGCCAAAAUCUUUCCAUUCAUUGAUGGCAUCAACCACGUCAAGCGCAUCUCGCAGCUCGCAGAUGCGGACAUAGAUCUGGCCAUUUCCUGCAUGGAGCAUCUGCUCUACUAUGGCUGCAUCAUAAUGAUCGACAUCUUCCAAUUCUUCAACAUGUACACGACGAGGCCCCUCAUCGCAACGAUGGCAACGGACGAGUCCAUCAUUGCAGAGUGUCCCUUGUACGUGAUGCUUCCCGGGAGACCACUUCAAAGCUGGCCGCGACUCUUGUCGCUCUAUUCGGCUCUCAAACCUGGCGUGACUCUCCACGAGUGGAUCGAAGAGAACGACGUCGACGACCUAGGCAUUGAUGUUCGACGCUUCGUUUCCUUCGGCAUCAUCAAGGGCUUUCUUCGCCGCGUCCACAGAUAUCCGGUGCUACUCUCACCAUCGAUGAUACGUCGCUCCACUUCCAGUACCUCGUCCGUCCCGCCUGACCUGCCAUCGCUGCUUGAUGCAACGCGCUCAGAGGAUGAGCUCUGCGUCCGAUAUGGUAUCCCGUGGUCCGAGCUGCACACCCUUUUGAUGCGCGUAGGU